AUGGCCUCACCAAGCCAGUCGCAGAACGCCGCGGGCUCGACACAACCGCUCACCCCUCCCGCCGAAUCCUCCACCACCGCCAACACCACCUCCCAACCACAGCCCGCACCUCCCUCCGCUCCCACAAUGAACACCACAACCCCCAGCGCCGCAGCACCACUCUCCCAACCCACCCAAAUCCCCUCGACCUCCCUCAAAGACAACGGCAAGUCGCGCCGGCCACGCGACGUCCGCCUCGUGCACAUGCUGCUCGCCUCGCUCGGCGUCACCGCAUACCAGGAGCGCGUGCCGCUGCAGCUCCUCGACUUCGCCUACCGCUACACCUCCGGCGUGCUGCAGGACGCCGUGUAUCUCGCGACGGAGGGCUACGCCGGUGUGACCGACGGCGCGGGCGGCGUCUCGUCCCGCGGUCCGCCCGAGGUGAACAGCGUCUCGCUGCCGGCGCUGCGGCUCAGCAUCGCGUCCCGUCUGCACUACCAGUUCCAGACGGGCUUGCCGAAGGAGUUCCUUAUGGAUGUCGCGGCGGAGCGGAACCGUGUCGCGCUUCCGGGGGCGACGCGUGGAUAUGACCAGGCCCAGGCAAGUAAGCCGCCUGCGCAUCAGAGUGUUAUGAUGGGUGGCAUGCGGUUGCCGCCGGAACGGUUCUGUUUGACUGGUACCGGGUGGAACAUGCGCGAGGAUUGGGACAGUGAGGGUGAGGAGGAGGUUGUUGCGGAGGAUGCGGGCAAGGAGAAUGCGGCUGCCGCUGCGGAGGGGAAGAAUGAGGGCGAGGAGGGUGGUGAGGACGAGGAUGAGGCUGAGGACGGCAAGAUGGAGGAUAUUUUCGGCGAGGACACGGCGAUGGGCGAGGGAGACGGCGGGGACGGGGACGGCGAUGGGGACAAGCCCAUGACGGAUGUGUAA